UCGAAAUACUUUAUAUCGUUGUAUCGAUAUUUGUAUCGUGGCUUCUCCAUCUUUAAAACAACGUGUUUUAGAGAACAAAUAAUCUAAUAAAAUACUUUCUUUGCAAGGUGUAUAGUGAAUCAUUAAAUUUGUAUGAAAUCUCACAUCCACAGCAACUCGGGUAUAUUAGGGUUCUUCGAUUUCGUUGAGUUGGAAUUAUAGUAGGUGUAAAAUAAAAUGUCAGUCUACCCUACAAAGACAUCAAUAUUGAAGACGUUUUCCGGAGCGGAUCGGGAAAGAGCCAAAGUUAUGGCCGCCAACAAAGUUCGAUUUUCCACUCCUAAGGAAAAAGGGCUUGCAGAAUCAGUACGCGUGGCAUCAGAAGAACAAAAUUUUCAUUUAGUCCAUGAGUUUACCUAUUUCUUAAGGGAAGCAGAAUUAGAUGAUGAUGAGCUGGAGGAAAUUUUAAAAGAAGCUAGAAAAAUUGUUCACAACUUAACGCCCGACUUUGUCAACGUUGUGGAAGCUUUGCUGUCUCUUAAUUGGAGGAAACGUAGCUGCAAAACAAUCGAAGCUUUUACCGAAUUUAGCAUUGAAAUUUUGGUGGCACAUAACAGAUAUUUACCUAUGGGUAUAUCCAAGUUUAUCUUGCAUUGGAUACCAAACGAUCAAGAUGCAGCCGACUGGGUUAAUGGUUGCCCAUCAAACCAAAUCUACUGCGAGCUGAAGCCAAUCCAUGAUGUGAUUAAUCGAAUUAUAACCGCAGUGCCCAUGGCAUUCGACGUUAUCGUCGAUACAAUAUCCUCAAAGUUUCCCUAUUUUAAAAAGCCUGCACAUGUAACUGCUGGAUAUUUAUUUAAUUUACUCUGGUUAUUGGAUUACAAACCCGUUUUUGAGGAAAUAAUUUUGCAGCUGGUUCUGCAAAAACUUUUAAUUCUAGACGUAAACGCUCCUAGAGAUGAAAUUGACCUCGAAAAUCAUGGCGAAGAAAAACAAAUGGAAGAUCCUUUAUUUCAAAUAGAUGAAAUAGCUGCCCUGACCGACGCGAAUAAAUCCGAAGAGUUGGUGGAUCAUCCUAUAGGACAAAGUCUUGAUAUAUGUCUGCAUAUGCUUUAUAAAUUUUUUGAUAAAAAAUGCAACAUAAAGCCGAAUUGCACGGACCAGCAACGAUGCGCAGCAAACCGUAUAUUUAAUAUACUUCUUUUCACAUUUGAUGAGAUUUUAUUACCGAGUCAUAACACGCACCAUGUACAAUUUGUUAUAUUUUUUAUAACCAGCUUGCGACAAACUUAUUCUGAAGCUUUUCUAAGUUCGCUAUGGCAGAAGGUUCAGAAUCCUAAUGUUUCCGCUAUUAUCCGGCAUGGUGCUAUUGGAUAUUUGGCAAGCUUCUUAGCAAGAGCAAAAUUCGUACCACUCUGUACCUUAACAUUAUACUUAAUGGAAUUGUCCAAAUGGGCGCAUUCUUACAUAGACGACUCCGAUGAGUACAGUCAGAAUUGCUCGCUAAAAUCAAAUUUAGUAUUUUUUUCUGUAUGCCAAGCUAUUUUUUAUUUGAUUGCUUUUCGAGUAAGAGAUUUGACGGCUACUACCAAAGAUUUGCUGUUUCUUCAGUCUCUUCAACUUUCACGCCUCGCAAUGUGUCAUUUUAAUCCAUUGCGAUAUUGUCUAGCUGCUAUAGCUACGGCAUUUGCUGGUGUAACUCGAACUUAUCAGUUGGCGUACUGUCAUACUGUUCUAGAACGAAAUGCGCGUCGCAAACUAGCUACUGUUUACGGCCAUGAGAAAUGUAUGCCAGAAGAAACACUAGAAACAUUCUUUCCUUUCGAUCCAUAUAUGCUUAAAAUGUCUAACAAGUAUAUUGAGAUCAACUACCUUAUUUAUCAAGGAAAUACAGAUGAUAAUGCGACGCCAGAGCCUCUUCGGCGAAAAAGAGGUGACUCUGAAAUGGUAGAAGAUGACGACUUUAUUAAAAUUGAUAAACGACAAAAACUUUUGGAACUAUCCAAAAGUCAAGAGCUUGAAAAAGACUUUAAUUAUGGAUCCUCUUCUGGCUUUAGUAAAUAAAAAAUUUACACAAAAAAAACGGGUUUCGCAAAUAAACCGUUAAAAAUGCA